AUGGCCAGCUCACCGCACACACUCAACCUGCCGUACGUUGCCACUUCUGCGGCAGAGUAUUUACGAGAAAAGACGUCCUCCACCGACACUACAGAACCUGUCCAAAAGCCAGAAACGAAGACAUACCCGGCCGAAAGCCAGCCGGUCGAAUGCGCAAGGCGUGUGAUCGUUGUGCUACACUCCGGGUCGGCUGCGCAUACUGGAGUCGACGCAGAGAAUGACUCCGACAAAGCUAGUGCGAUGCCCCUGCUAGAGAGCUUCUCCGCUCCAGAUAUUCGCUCUGCGCGCAAUGUAGACCGUCUUAUUGCCAAGUUCACGGCGUCGGAAUCGCGAGGCAGAGGCAGCAUCUUGGAUCCCGCCCUCCCGAGCUUCGAACUUAAUGGCCCUGAGCUUGCGGCUGGGAAUGAGUGGGAUGCGCUGCUUAGUAGCUUUUGGGGUAUUCCCCAAGAGAGGUCAUUGUCUAUUGGGGAGGUCUCGAAUAUUGACCCGGAGAUGUACCUGAUCGCGUCUAGGCGGCUCGUCGAAUACCUCGCGGGGGUAGAUUCUACGCAGCAUGGGUUCGACAUGGGCCAGCUACAUACGUUCUUUGCUGUAGAAAAUGUUCAGCAAUGCGUCGCUGCGUACUUUCAAAAUGUCCACCCCCGGGCUCCGAUCGUCUAUCUGCCCGGUCUCGAUCUGGAACUCGCUUCCAUACCGUUGCUUCUGCCGAUGGUGUUACUGGGAGCUGUGUGUGGACAGUCAGACGAGCUGGCAAGCCUUGCAGCAGCGUUCUGUGAUAUCGGAGAAGAAUCCGUCUUUGAGAGUGAGAUCUUUCAAGACAUGGUGUAUAGCCCGCAGCAGGCUGGGUAUGCACACGACAACAUCUCCGACGCAGGGAUCCAGUGCAUCCAGGGCGCGCUGUGCAUGAUUCUUAUUCAAAAGUCGACCCCUGAUUUGCGGACCCAGCGGCGGAUUCGAGUCCAGCGGUUUCCGGCUUUGAUAUCGGCUGUGCGGGCGUCGUGCCUGACUAGAGCUCGGCAUCGGGAGGUUACAGGUGGUGGGCUGGGUUGGGAUACGUUUAUCCGAGAGGAAGUAUGCUGUCGGGUUAUGAGUUUUAUCUGUGUGCUGGACAACUACUUCGUCAUGUUCUGCAACCAACCUCCAUGCCUCCAGCCCAUGGAACUGUCCUUCCAACUCCCGAUUGAGUCGAGAACGGUUGAUAUAAUGAGUGACUCGAGCAUUCGAGGUCUAGAAGUAUUGAAAGAUCUCCGGCAGCCUCCUGUUCUCAACGAGCUCACCCAGCGCAUGUUCAGCAAUAAAUGGCAGGACGACCCAACUCUAAUGUCGAACCUUGGAGUCUUUGACAUGUAUAUCCUCGCCUGUGCAUUCCACCCAAUCGUGUUCAGCUACCAAUCUAGUCCCGCCUACGCAAACACACUCUCGACUCUUGAAACAGCCCUUAACCGAUGGGAGGCCCUUUGGGAAAAACUACGCAGCUCCUAUUGGAGCUCUGAUGAAAUGUCCCGCGCGGACAUUAUGAUGUUUGCACCUGAGAUUGUCUCCCUUGCCAAGGCGUACUUGCAUAUACCUAUAUCCAAGCGCGGCGGUAUCGCAAGGGACUUUGCGCUCGAUCUACGGCGGAUACUAAAAGGAGCAGGGAAGCCAUUGUAG